AUGGGGCAGGUCUGGGCGUCUCUGCAAGAGAAGCUCCAAGGGCGGCACUGGAAGGAGAGGCAGGUGCGGAAGAUCACCGACAGGGUGUUCGACCGGCUCACCGAGGAUACCCAGAAGCCCGAGAAGGACGCCCUCAAGUUCGAGGAGGUCUACAUCGCCGUCCUCUGCGUCUACAAGUACACAGCGGAAACGGGCCCUGACAUCAACAAGUACUUGCCGGGGCCGCACUACGACCCUCCGUCCAAGGAGAGGCUCAAGGAACUCAUGAAAGAGUUUGACAUCGACAUGAACGGUCUCCUGGAUCGCGAGGAGUUCGCGGAGUUCAUCCGGAAGCUGACCGCCGAGUCACUCUGCGCGAUCAGCCUCAAGCUGAUCAUCACGCUGGUCGCCGCCCCUGCGCUGGCGCUGGCGACCAAGAGGGCAACCGAGGGCGUCCCCGGCGUCGGCAAGGUAGUGCACAAGGUGCCCAAUGCCAUCUAUGCCGCCGCCAUCACCAUGGCUGCCGUGCUCAUCCAGAGAUCCGCCGAGGGCGUCGAGUAG